GCUUCCGGGAAAAAAAACACUUGGUGCAGUUCGAUAGCUAAGAGACGUCAGUUGAAGCAACCAGCCAUGGAAAACUUACAGUCUGUUAAUCCGGAUCUGACCACCGGAGGGAGCUUUUAUACCCGUGUUCUGAAUUUGAAGUCAAUCCCAGUGGCUUGUCUCUACAUUGCAAUGAUCAUCUUCUCCACCUACUGGCAGAAGUACACAAAGCCUCUGGAGUUGCAGAAGAUCCUAUUAGUCUAUAACAUGGCCUGUAGCAUCAUGAGCCUCUACAUCACACUGCUCUUCCUGCGCGGCCUUAGCAUCACAACUUCCAUUUUUCAAAAGGAGUUCUUUCCAGAAUUGUACCAUGCCUACUUCAUGUAUUGGGUGAUUAAAAAUGUGGAGUUGCUUGACACAGUCUUCAUGAUCUUAAGACAUCGAAAGCGUCAGAUCUCCUUUCUACAUGUCUACCAUCACUGCAGCAUGUUGGUCCUUAGUGACCUGACUUACCACUACUACCCAUGGCCAGCCAUCGCUCCUUUUCUUGCAUUUAAUUCAUUCGUUCAUGUCAUCCUGUAUUUCUACUAUGGGCAGAGUGCAUUGAACCCUAUCCAACGACCUGCGUGGAAGAAAAGAAUGACCCAAUUACAAAUUCUUCAGUUUCUUUUGGACUUGAUCCUUGCAACGUGGGGGUAUCUCUUCCAUGGAUUUUGUGUUUACAGUAUCCUGUAUGGUUUGACAAUGCUAGGACUGUUCUCAAACUUUUAUCGUAUGGCUUUUAGUUCCAAAAAAGGGACCUAAAUGUACUUAUAAUUGUGAAAUUUGAUUUUAAUAUUGUUUUCCUUUCCUCUAAUUAUAAUGGCUGAUUUACAGUUUGGC